CAAUAUCAGGAAUCGAACCGCUACGAAUGAAUGACAUGUGAAAUGCUGCCACCGCGUAUCGAUCCGUGUCCGCAAGUGUCUGACGUGUCAAAUUCUCACGGUUCCACGAAAUCGACGGUCACGCGUGCUCCAUGGCGGUUUUGGGGACUUUAAAGAAAUAGCUUGGAGGGUGAAGAAUCCAUCGAUUUCGCGAUGACGACGGAGCUCCGGAUGCUCGAAGUGACGCCCAUCUCGGCGGAGGAUCUCAAGGAUGUGAAGCUCGUCGGCAAGAUGCAAACGUACGUGGUGGCGUGGGUGGAUCCGUCGCGCAAGGCGUCCACAAAUCUGUCGCAGCUGCCGGGUAAGAACCCUCGCUGGAACGAGAAGCUGAUGCUGUCGGUGGAGGAUCAAUUGCUCCAGCAGCCGGGCGCGUUCCUGGUCCUGGAGAUUUACCACAGGGGAUUUCUCGAGAGCACGAUCGUGGGGCGCGCCAACAUCCCCCUCCAGGAGAUCUCCGCCAAGGGCUCCGGCGAUGCGCCCCUCUCCUUCAAGGUCCGGCGCCCAUCGGGGCGAUUGCAAGGCACGAUCCACGUCUCUGUCAAGGUCGGAGAGAAAUUCCAGGGGAAUUCGUCAAGAACACAGCAGCCGGCGCCCACGGCCUACCCUUACAACCCACAGGGGCAAGGGCCAUCCUCGGCAUGUCCCCAGGCAUAUCCCCCGGCGGCGGGAUAUCCACCCCAGCAGCAAGGAAUGUACCAGCAGCAGCAGCAGCCGUACUACCCGCCGGCGUACGGCGCCCCGGUUAUGCCGCCAAUGAUGCCCCCGAGAAGGAACCGGUUUGGCGGGGGUGGUAUGGGUAUGGGCGGGGCUGGGCUCGGUUUGGGCGCGGGGCUACUGGGGGGUUUACUUGUUGGAGAUAUGAUUAACGAUGCUCACUACGAUGGAGGCUAUGGUGGGGACUAUGGUGGUGGGGACUAUGGUGGUGGGGAUUUUGGUGGUGGAGACUUCGGUGGCGGCGACUGGUAGAAAGCUAUUUUGUAAAGCGCUGUAACUGUAUUUGUUACCCUUUGUAAAUUUUAUUGAGCUAUGGCGGCUUAUUUAUAAUUCCUAGAUCAAAUUCAAAUUCAAAUUCAAAUUCU